AUGAGUUCAAUAACUAACAAUCAUAAUAAUAUUAAUAAUCAACAGAUAAUACCCAAUUGUCCUACACCAAAUAAUUUUGAUGAUCAUAUUAUACCAAAAUAUCAUCCACCUUAUACAUUAGAUUUUGAAACUAAUAAUACCUUAAAUCAAAAUGAAUUUACAAAAUCUUUAACUUCAUCAUUUGAUUCUACUACUUCAACUACAAUAACUCAACAACCAUUAUCACCACCAUUAUCUCCAGCUCAAAGAAAUGUUGAAUUAAAUAUUAUACCAUAUAAUAAUAAUAAUAAUAAUAAUAAAAAUUCAAUAGCUAAUUUAAAAACUACAAAAAGUUUAUUACCACCAUUUCCAACUAAAGAAGAAGUAACAAAACCAAAAAAGUUUACUAAAAGUUAUUUGAAUAAUUCAAAUUUAGAAUUUAAAUUAGAAAAUUAUAAAAAUUAUAAAUUAUCAAUAAAUAUAAAACCAUCAAAAAAUUAUUAUCAAAAUCAAUUUGAAUUUUUAGAUAAAUAUUCAAAUUUAUCAAAUAUAGAAAAUAAAAAUUAUAUAACCAAUAAUUAUGGAUUACCAAUUAGAAAAUAUAAGAAAAAAAUAAAUUUAUUAAAUUCAACUGAUGAUGAAUAUUCAGAAGUUGAAUCUACAAGAGGUACAAGAUCAAGAAGAACUCCAAAACAUUUUGAUAAUUCAAUAUUUAUAGGUUCAGAUUCUGAAAAACAACAAACUAAUUCUGGUUCUUCAACUCCACCACCUAAAAAAAGAAAAACAAUACCAAAACCACCAUCAUCACCUUCAAUUCCAAUUGCAAUUCAACAACAAAUGUUAAUUGAUGAAUCAAUUCCAGAUUAUUCACCAAAUGCAUUUGAAACAUUACCAACAAAUAACGCUAAAUGUCUUAAAAUUGAAUGGAAAGGUCAACCAAUGGAUUUAUCACAAGAUCCAAACCUAAACAAAUUUAAAUUACAUCAAGGUGAAAUUUUAUUAGCUUCAAUAUUAAGAUUACCUUUAGCGGUUUAUAUGGAUUCCAAAAGGAGAUUCUUUUUUGAAAAAGUUAGUAAAAUAAAAUUAGGUAAACAAUUUAGAAGAACUGAUGCACAAAAAGCUUGUAGAAUAGAUGUUAAUAAAGCUUCAAGAUUAUUUGCAGCUUUUGAAAAAGUUGGUUGGUUAAAUGAUGAAUUAUUUGAAAAAUAUUUAUAA